AUUAGUACCUAGCUUGGGCUCUCGAGACGAGUCGAGUCGAGCUUCUGUGAUGAGAUUUGGUUGUUAAUCCUUGAUCCAUCAAGAGACCCCCCUUCCAUUCACCCAUGUCCUUUUGUUGAACUCACUGGGCGAAUAUAAAUCCAUAACUAUCAUCUCAGGCAUGUAUCUGACUGUCCCUGGUGGGGGGUUAGACAGUACGGAUACAUAGGUGUCACUCACUUAAACGGAACCUGACCUCCAUACGGGCUUGCUUCUUCUUCACCCUCACCUUCACCUACAUCAACACCACCUACUCAUGCAUACAACGGUCUCGCAUUUCCUCUUCCAUUCUUGUUUUGGUUCCUUGCCCCCUUCUCUUCCUAUAACUCUAUGCUGACUCGGGGGACUGUCUCGCAUAUUCGUCCAUCUAACAAUAGACCAUCAUAAAGCUUUGCAUCUUCACUUUCCACCUCCACGACUCGAAGCUCCUCCAAACAGCAUACGACGUACAUAUCAGCGGCUGCAUAACGAACGAAUACAAUCUGUUUAGCUCGGCUUUCCUGCGACCGGCGAAAUCUUGACACUUUUCUCUACUUCCCCCACUUUACGAUUGCGGCACGAGAGCGCCAACUAUAGGAGCGCAUCGAGUCGAAGCACUCACGUUUGGUCUUUGUUUAUGCAAAUACUCGAUGCCUUUUCCCCUCAAAACUAAGCUCAUGACUGCUCUCCCAAUUCACAGCUGCUACGAUCAACUAUGUGGCGACGCACAUAUCUCACACUCGUCCUUAUAAGGCUGUGGUUUGCGCUAUCUCCCAGUUAUUUACACCCGGACGAGAACUUCCAAGGGCCCGAGGUCAUAGCUGGCCAAAUUUUUAGUUAUCCUGUUCGACACACUUGGGAAUUUACAAGCGAGAACCCUAUCCGUAGUGUUUUCCCACUAUGGCCCGUCUACGGUCUUCCUAUGCUUCUCCUGCGGUGGCUAUGGAUCGGUAACGGCAAAGACGGAGAGAUCCCACCUAUUGCGGUUUUCUGGACUCUGCGCGUUCUCAUGUUUGUCAUCAGCUUUGUUCUUGAAGAUUGGGCGUUGCAUGAGUUGAUCCCGUCACCGAAGCAUCGCCGUGUUGCCGUCGUCCUUGUCGCCUCGUCCUACGUGACCUGGACCUAUCAGACGCACACGUUCUCCAACUCGGUAGAGACGCUCGUUGUUGCGUGGAGUCUUGUUCUGAUCCAGCGAGUCGCUGAUCCAAGGCAGCGGUCAUGUGUUUUGUCUGCCACAGUGCUUGGAAUAGUUGGGGUAUUUGGUAUAUUCAAUCGAAUCACGUUUCCGGCAUUUCUUGUUGUUCCUGGACUUCGACUGCUCCCUGUGUUCUGGAAGAGGCCUACGUCUCUCGUAUACUUGACGUUAGCUGCGGCACUGACAACUAUCAUUGCCAUCGGUCUGGACACCGCGUUUUACCUGCCAGGUCCCAUCACAUGGACUGACCUGAUCCAUAACCCCGUAAUCACCCCUCUUAACAACUUCAAGUACAAUUCAGCAACCGAGAACCUGGCGCAACAUGGCCUUCAUCCUUGGUACCAGCAUUUGGUGGGAAAUUUGCCGUUGCUGCUGGGCCCAGCUGUAGCUCUUUUGAGCAUCAGACCCAAAAUAUCAAUCCGACUAUGGUCGGCAGUGUCGGGUUUGGUGGUACUAUCGGCGUUUCAACAUCAGGAGGCGAGAUUCUUGCUCCCAACGGUACCACUAUUUCUUUCGUCAGUCCGCAUGCCCCGAAACCAAACAAUACUCUACGUCUUUACGGCAGUUUGGAUCGGUUUUAACCUCGUCCUCGGCUCGUUGAUGGGCAUCUACCAUCAGGGAGGUGUGGUGCCAGGACAGGUCUUCCUAAGUCAGCAGCCAGAUGCCACCCAAGCUAUCUGGUGGAAGACAUAUACACCGCCGAUCUGGCUUCUCAAUGGCAAGAAUGAGUUCUUGACCACGCGAGACGUUAUGGGUCUCAAGGGUGAGAUGCUACUUGAGCAACUCUACGAACUCGCCACAUGCGACACUCCCGCCGACAGACGAAACCAGGAGUAUCUGAAGGAGAAGAACGGCACAUAUCUGAUCGCCCCGGCAUCAGCGAUAUGGUUAGAUCCCUACUUGUCCAACAAGGGCUUGGAGGGGCUACGAUUUAGAGAGGUAUGGCGUUACAGGAAACACUUAAACCUGGAUGAUCUGGAUUUUGGCGACGACGGCGUUUGGGACACCCUGGCCAGGGUUAUUGGGCGACGGGGCCUCGUCGCCUGGAGAGUCACAAAGAGCUGCCCAAAUUAGACAAAAAGGGGGGCCUGACGGCUUUGUCGGAUUUUCUUUGUCGCGUAUAAACAAAAUAGAAAUCAUUAAUGACGAUCCAAUUUUCUCAACUUUUUAUGGAAUAAGGUCACCAAAAGUUCGGUUUCCAUGAUUCCAUCCGUAGGAAUUGUAAUUAUCCUUACUCGUCUUUCUUUAUUCGAAAAGCUGGUCUUCUUAACCCCACCAUUUGGCUUCGCUUGGAAGAAACCCUGCUCACAUCUCCCCGCAGCUAAUGAACUGGAAAUUGAGUUGACUUGGAAGGAAGCCAGUCACGUCAUUGAUAGUCCUGUAGGGAGUAGAGCCGUAAAUUAGCAACCAGUGACAGUCGUAAUCCCGGCAUUCAUGGUGUUACCCUGCAAAACAAUGAGCUUGGCGAUGUGGACGAUGGUAGGGUUGACUUGGAGUCUAAAUACUCUCCAUGAUCUCUAAUGUACAUGUUUAUCCCAGGUUUUGGAUGGGCUCAUUUGUUAAUCACGUUUUGAAAAGCAUAUUUGUCUUAUUAUGUUUAUUUUUCCUGCCCUCCUAGUCUAAGCUGCAGUCCACAUUUCAGUGAACACGAUUGCCGGAGCCAUCUCAGGCAGAUGCUAACGAAACACGCUUAGUACAGGCGCUUGGGGGGAGACAUGGAAGCCUUGAUGGUAAGGCUUCCAACGUUCUGCCAGCCCUUCUUGAGAAGAGAGACGAGGUAGUUGAUGGCGAGCAUGAUGUUGGCGACAAGCUGCUCCUGUGUCAUCUCGACGUUGCCGACGGCGACACCCAUGCAGAGAACCUUCUUGAGCUGGAACUUGAUGGUGGACUUGACCUCGUUGAUGCGGCCAGUCAGGUCGUCGGCGUGGGAGACGGGAGUGGGGAACUUGCCGGCCUUGGACAGGCCAGGACCCAAGAGACGGGGGAUCUGCUUGAUGAGGGCCUCGGAGGCGACGAAGGCGUCGUACUUGCGGGCAAGCUUCUUGAUGAGCUUCUUGUUCUUGUUGAGCUUCUUCAAGUCAUCAGCGGACAUGGCGUCAACACCACCGUGCUUGGCACGAUCGAUAUCGUGCUGGUCACCGAGAAUGCUGUCAAUUUGUUAGCCUCCAAUUCUCUUGCUUCUAUCGAUUCUUCGGCCGUACCAGAUAGACAUGUUGGGUCGGGGAAUGGAGGGCAGGCGGAUGGUGCCGGAGAAACGCUUGUCACGCUGAGGAUCAUAGUUCUUCAGGCCGAUCUGAAGCUCAACGGUCUCAAGGAAGUUUCGCUUCUUGGUCUCGUUGGAGUACUCCAAGAGCUCUCCGACUUGCGUCCGGACAUUAGCUGCAUCUCCGUUAGCAUUCUUGCGGCGCCUUGUUAUUGUACUGCAACUCCUCUUGUGAGCUCAGUCUCCUCCAGGAUAUACCGUACCGACUGUGAUCUUCGACAUCUUGACAGUCUCCCAAUAGAUGGUUGUAUAAUCUAAUGGUGGUCAGGGCGAGUUGGGUUAGGAAAUCAGAAAUUCUGAGCGCAGUUGAUUUUUGGCAAAAUUGGAAAGUGCGUCCCGACAGAAAGUGGGGCUCCUGCCAGGGCAAAUUUCUCUCAC